AUGAAUGACUAUCCUAAUAAAUCGGCCGAACCUGACCGCCGUCGACGGCAAUCACAAGAAAAUCAGAGGACAUCAUCACUAACAGCACCGACCGGUCAAACAUCCGAUAGAGGAGUUGUGACCAACAACUCUGCGGACGACAACGACUAUGACUUAUCAUUGAAACUACUGGUAAUCGGCAAUUCGUCAGUCGGAAAGUCGGCAUUUAUCUACCGAUACACUGACUACACGUUCAACAUAUGUACUACGAUUCCUACAGUAGGUGUAGAUUUAAGAGUCAAAACAAUCGACAGACAGCUGGUGGACGACGGUCUCAAUAGACGAUUACGUUUGGAGAUCUGGGAUAUGGCCGGUCAGGACAGCUUCCGUACGCUUAUCAGUUCAUACUUUCGUAAAGCAAACGGUUGUCUACUAAUGUAUGACGUUUCCGAUAGACAAUCGUUUCAGUGUAUUGAACAAUGGUUGGAAGUAUUCAGAAAUAUUGCACCCGACGGAGCACCGGUAGUACUGGUUGGCAAUAAAUGUGAUAUCAGUGGUGGUGGUGAUGGUUAUGAUGAUAAUGAUAGCCAACACCGACAAUACCACCAGCCGAAGCAGCAUCGGGUGAUCAGCUAUGAAAUGGGCCAACAAUUGGCCGAUAAGUUGGAACUGGAUUUCUAUGAGACGUCAGCCAAAGAUAAUAUCAAUGUCGACAAUGUGUUUGAUAGGUUAGUCGAUCUGAUAUGUGAUGAUAUGUUGGCCGAUAUAUUGGCAAAACUGAUGACAACAAGUUUGACCACACAAUUGCUAACAGAGACUAUAAUCUUAAGUAUUAAUAAUAAUAAUAAUAAUAAUAAUAAUAAUAGCGAUAAUAAAAGCCGAAAAAAUCAUCAUGUUGUAAAUAAUUAA